ACCUCUUCACAAAAGCCAAUAUGAUUCUAUUUGCUCAAAAGAAAGUCAUGAUAUAUAGGGUCAAAUACAGUGCUAAGUAAUGCUAAAAUAUACUGUCCAAGUCAAGUGCUAAAAAAAGUAUUUUGACAAGUAUAGGGCCAUCUGGAAUAGCUCUAUCUAAACUCAAUUUUAUUCUUAAUUGCAUAUGCAUUUCAUUUGAAUCCUUACAAUUAAACUCAAUAUUUCCUCGCAGUAUUUUUCACAAAACUGAGAGUGAUGUCCACUCAUGUCCAGACAGCACAGGUGUAGGCUACAUGUAUUUUUAUGGGGGGCAGUUCUUUGCGCAUGUAUGUUUUUUGUGCGGUAGGUGGCGUUGUGAGUCUGUGUCGUCCCGCGUCACGUUACCUGCCAGACGGAAGAUUCAGCCAUUUCGAGUUGUGCGCUCUCUUGUAUUUGUCCUUUAUGGAACGUAAACCAUUUUCCACAUCGUACAUAUCUUAAGGAAUAUCGUUUGUAAAUCGCAGUCAAUAUAAAAGUGUCUCGUCAUUCUUUAGCCGUUUUUUUUUUGUAAUUGUCGUUAGAAAUCUGGCUGGGUGCGGUUGAGAAAGGACAGCACGACGGAUUUAUAUGGAUAUUUAUUACGACCUUCACCGUUUUUAAGCUCCAGAAAUUCUUCAAUCAAAAUGGGGAAAGCGUAUUUUAUGUUUCUUGUCUUAUUAUCCGUGGAGGGUGUGUUUGGUGCUGAGGCAGAUCCACCGAAGACAAUAGAAUUGGCGGAGGGAGAUUCUGUCAAACUAGAAACUUGUGUUACCAAAAUACAGAGAGAUGAUGAGAUGGAGUGGAAGUUUGGACCUCACGUCAUAGCUACGAUCAAGGCCAAUAAUGCCUUAUUAUAUGACACUGAUGAUGCACUAUUCAAAGACAAACUACAUCUAGACGAUCAGACUGGAGAUCUAACCAUCAGAAACACCAGAACCAAACUCUCCGGGCUUUAUGAAGUGAAGAUCGUCAAUAUCACCCAUAAAAUACACAAGAUAUUCAGUGUCACUGUCCUUGAUGCGAUCCCUAAGAAAGUGUCCGUAACGGAGGGCGAUUCUGCCGUUUUAAAGCAUGAUAUUGCUGAUAUCGAGAUUUAUGAUGUGAUCAUGUGGAUGUUUGAAGAUGGAGAGACAUCCAUAGCUCAAAUCAACAAAAAGACCAGUAAAACCCCCUCGUAUGAUGAAACUGAUGACAGAUUCAAAGACAGACUGAAUCUGGAUCAAACCGGAUCUCUGACCAUCACAAACGCCAAAUCCACAGACGCUGGACUCUAUAAACUUGAGGUGACCGGUCAAAACAAAGCGGCUAAAUACAGGAAGUUCCGCGUCACUGUCAGUGAACCGGGUCUGUCCACAGGUGUUAUAGUGGCCAUAUGUGUGGGUGUUGCUGCUUUAUUCCUGUUGGUGGUCGGGAUUUGGUGUCGCAAACGAAGUCAACAAGGUUCAACUUCCUAUUAACUUCAUCUGAUACUACGAGGGAAAUCUAAACUUAAUUGUACAAGAAUGAAGAUAAAGGGAAUGGGGUACAGGAUCCAUUGAAAGGACAGCAGUAGUUCAGAGCCUCUGUGACAAUAUACACAAGUAGCG